UUAACCUUCUAUCAACUAGAGUACAUUUCAGUAAUAGUAAUUGGCUGAACAAUAUUUUAUCACAUGAUUCCAUUUAUUUUAAUAAAAAUGCUCAUUAUUUGUUCAUUUAGUAUUAAGGUUUUUGGACCAAGCUGGCAAUUCAGGAUGAGGUGAAUAAUAUUCUCCUCCUCCUCAUCAUUAUCCUGUACUGUAUGACUUUUUGCUAAAUGAAAUACAGUAUGAUUAGUUAUGUUACUCCUCAGCGGUACCUAUGGUGUUAUUCAUGAUAUUUCAUGAUUAUAUUGAGAUGCCGAUAUAUCAGUUGCUCAGAUGUGACCUUUUGUCUCGUGUGUGAAACAUGUUUGUCUGUAGCUCUUGGUCUGUAGAGCUAUCUGCAGAGUGAUUUGAUAGCAUAAAUGAGCAGGUGUAUGUGAUAAAAUGGUCACUGUGUGCAUAAACCAGAGGCGCACAAACCUUUUCCUAUAAAAGGCUAAGAAAAUCAAACUUGAUUGAGUUUGACUGGGUCAAAAAUAUAUUUUGCAUUGUAUUAAAAUUAAAUAAAUAUUGUAUUAAAAUUAAAUAUUGUAUUAAAAUUAUACAAAGAGAAACUAUUUAUUGUACAGUAGAGUUUAAUGACUAUUCAGUGACCUUUAAUGAGAGUCAAAAUGCUGGUCCUUAGUUUUCAAAAGUUUUUUCCAAAUAGCAUAUUUUCCCCCCUUUUUUCCUCUCUUCUCAUUUAUGGCAUGGCAGGCCAAAUUAAAUAUCACUACAGGCCAACUUUGCCUGCAUGCCUUUAUUUAGGCAUUUCUGUUCUAAACCAUUUACAGGUUGUUGCAAGACAAUAUAUGGAAAUGAUCAGGGAGGUUGAUUGCAACCUGUGCAUCUGAUUAAUUAGCUUGUACAUCCAGUGUUAUAUUCUGAUACAUGCUGAUAACUGAACACAUUUAAUAGAAAUUAUUACUAUUCUCAGCAUUCUUCUACCGAUAUACCCCCAGACAUGUUUUAAAUACACCUCACCAAAUGCAAUUGUGCACCCUUUCCCCUGCAGGCAGAUGCAGGCGCUGCUAUCCGUACAUUUAUUCAAGCGCCCCCUUGCGGAAUUUCUUGAAAAAAGCAGUUAAGGUCAGUAAUAAAAAAACACAUGGCAUCCUCAAGAACUCUGCUCGUGUCUGACAUGAAUUUUUUUUUAUUAUUGAAUUUUAAUUUAACUUAUAACUAUACAUGCGUUUCUGGCAUAACAAACAAACAAAAAAUCAUUAGCCCAUUUAUCAUUUUGCAUUUUAUCAACCAAAUACAAAAAUCUCCAGAGGGUUGACAACUUUGAGUGUAUAAAGCUAACAUUGCAAACUAUUCAUAAUUUAUAUCCUCCUUUUAACAUGAAUGCAAACAUAGCUCGAUCUUUAUCUGCUUGCCAAAAAAAUUCUGUAUCACUGCAUUUACUUUUGAUUGCACACAUCUAAGAUUCUUAUCAGUAAUUAUUAAAAGAAAAUAUAUAACAAAAUGAUCUGACCUACAAAUGCAAUUGGAUAAUAGAUGAAAAAAUGUCUUCUUUCAUUCUUUUCUUUCUUGGACUUCAAUAUCUGUUUCAUUUCAGCCAGCAUUGUAGUGGAUCAGUGUGGAUUACAGGAAUAUAUGGCAUGAGGCAGAAUGACACCCUGAAUGGUAUUCAUUACAUGAAUAAAACCAUAUUUAAUAUUUUUAAUAUAUUAUUUAAUUUUUAAAUAUACCCUUUAUUAUCAUCAUCAUCUACUUUUUUAUUGUUGAUAUUAUUAUUAUUAUAACAAAAUAAUUUCCAUAAUUAUAAUAAUAAUGAGGAACAUAGUGACCCUUGGUCUUUUAAUGUAUUUUUUGAUCAACCUAUUUGCACCAAAUAUAUAUAUUUUUAUAAUAUAAAAAAAUCAUACUAAAAAUUCAUGAUUAACUCUGCCACUUUACCACUAUUAUGUUUUCCAACCUUGUUUACAUGUAAGGGGUAUCUGGUCACAAGGGACUGCAUGUGCCUCUUUUGCUGUUGCUGUGGAAUCUGAAACUUUUUUGCUGACGAAGCCUCACGUCCACCACAGCAGCACCACUGCAUGUUUAUUAGGUUUAACAGUAGAAACGAAAUAUUUAAACUAAAUGUUUAAACAGUUUAACACAAAAACAGUGAAUAUUAAGCAAAAAAAUAAAUCAGACAGUAUAUGAUGUUUAAAAAGAAUCAUGUAAAAUCUAUGUAGAAUUGUUUUACCAUAUGUAAUGACCAUUUAUAUUGUCUAAUCUGUAGAGCAGAUUGACAUGAAGCCCCAGGAUGGCUAAUUAUAAUUAGUUAAUGCAUCAACAUAUAUUUAAUUUCUGUCCUCUUUACUCACAAGACUUUUGUGUGUAUUGAAACAUGUUCUUUUUUUCUGCAACUUUGCAAAUUUCAUUUUCUAAAUAAAAUAUAGGACUGGAUUUAUUACUAAGCCUCUCCCACCCCUCCCACCCCUCCCAUUUAUGGGUGCAAUAGUGUAUAAAUGACACCUGAAACAACUAGGAUGCCACAGAUUGUACAUUUUGGCUAAAGAUCAUGAAAACAUUGGGAUUGAUCAUCUUCACGAUGUUGCUACUUUCAGCUUGUGAAGCUUUCAAUACAGAUUUUCACAGCUGGAAAUGUGGCUAUCGAGUUUGCCGAAAGCACUGCUAUGCCCAAGAAUACAUGGUGGGACACCAUGGUUGCCCUCGCAGAUACAGGUACUACACAUUCAGUAUUUAAAAGGUUUAAGAUGUCUUCUAAAAACAAUUUACAAUUCCUAAACUUACAGUAAAUAGGUUUACUAAUAAUUUCUCCCUAAACCUAAAUUUGUAUCCUAAACCGACUCAAAAGAUUUUCCAUUUCUCAUUUCCAGAUGCUGUGCUUUAAGAUCUUAACAUGGAACCACUAUUCCUUAAACAUCAUUCACUCCUCUGUACAUCCUUUUUAGUUGUUUUACAUUACAUUUCUCUGCUUAUACCUAAUGAAUCAUGUCAGUGUUUAAUCACAGAGGAAAACAGAUUUACAGACUGCAUAUGACAAAGUCUUAGACAACUGACUUAAGAGUUAUUAUCCUGAUUUUGAAAUAAAGCAAAGAUUUGCAGUUGGUUGUGAUUAAAUUGGAGCAGCUCAGCUCAGCUCAAGCCCUGUAUUUCACAACACACAAUAGUUCAGCAACAAAGCCGGCUAAAACAAUGACCAAACAAAAUGUGAUUAUUUGGUCCCGAUAUCAUAUUCUCAUCAUCUUUCCCACAUUUCCUUUGUUUGUAUCCCUUUCACCUUUUUCCAGUUUUCUUUCUCAUGGGUUGUCAAGUAUUAAAUGUUUGCUCUGCAUUUUAUGUACCAGGUUGUAUUAUUUUUUUCUUUUGUCGUUUUUUUGUGUGUUUCAUGAACCAUUUCUGAAAGCAGUCUGGCAUAAUGGCAGUCUGCUGCUAACUUUUGCAUGUUACAAAUGACAACCACUGAUUGCAUUUUAAAGCUAUCUGGUGUGACAUAUACAACAUCUUUUUUUAAAGAAUAAAAUUAAUUUUAGGUGAAUAAAGUAAUAAGUUGAAUUACAGCCAAUGUAAUAGCAUUUGUUAAAAUAAAAUACAUCCAGAUUAUUAACCUUCUAUCAACUAGAGUACAUUUCAGUAAUAGUAAUAUUUUUUCUGUCUCAGAGGCUGAACAAUAUUUUAUCACAUGAUUCAAUUUAUUUUAAUAAGAAAUGCUUAUUUGUUUAUUUAGUAUUAAGGUUGUCAGAAAAAAGCUGGCAAUUCAGGGUGAGGUGAAUAAUAAUUAAUAAACCAAUCAUGUGUAUAACUAAACCCACAAAACAAAACUUUUCAAGUUUGUGGCAAUAAACAUUGAAAACUAAGGAUUAAGGAUUAUGAGAAAACAUUGCAUGGUAUUUAUGCAUUUCAGACUACUCACUGUUACCCGCACACACAUACACAGUCAACAUCCACACAGAAAAUGCCAUUUUACAGUAUACCAGUACAAGGAGGGAAGAUCUACUUGUCACGCUGUAUUUGUGACAUCUCUCAACAAUUUACAAAAAUAAGACAAGAGUAUAAGAUGAAGCUAACAGCUAAAUAGUAUUCUUUAGAAUGUUUCUUAAUCCUGGUUAAUAUUAUGACAAAUUUUUUUAAAGUUUAGAAUGAAUUGUGGAUCCUGGGGUAUGCUGUAAACAACAUUUUAAAAAAUAAUUUUUAAAUAAUGUUUUAAUAAUGCUAUAAUAAUUUAUUAAUAAUAAUAAAGCUAAUAAACUGUCUAAUAAAAUCUAAUUAAAAAAUGAACAGUAAAGAGAUAUAAUGAAAGCACAGUAAAAAAUAUAUAUAUAAAAAGACGAGAUGUUUAUUAAUUUGUACGCUUUUUUCUUUUUUGUAAAACAGCAACACAACAAUACCUAAAGCAGUGGAUUUAAUGACAGACUGCAGCUAUUCUGUAACUAGCAUUCAAAUAAAAACUGUAUCCAGAUGUACAAGUCUAACUAUAUAUUAAAAAAAAAAUUUUGAUUAUUAUUUGGUUGAGAUUAAAAUAAACAAAGUUAAAACCAUGGCUGUGUGUCACAAUCUGGGCUCUUUCAUACCUUAACGUUCUCACACAAAACCCAUCGAGACUACACACACAGUUUGUAUGAAUAUAACUUAAAUAGAUAUCAGAAUGAUCACUAUUUGACCUGUGAAGCAAUAAAAUGAAAAUAAUUCACAAUUCUAACUCCAGCUGUUGGAGUAAACAGUCUUUCAGAUGUUUAGGGGGGAAAAUAAGAUCCAAGAAAUUGACACCAAUCAUUUUAAUGAUUCUUAAGCAAAACAAUAUAUAUUGUAUGAGAGGGGGA